AUGGCGUCUACUAUUUCGAGCUCUACAACGAGCUCCUCUCCUGUUUCCUUCCAGGAUCCUGAAGAUUUGACUAUUGAACUUCAGCCCGCGCCUCUGCGCCUCCCCCGGCGAAAAACUGUUCCGAAUCUCGAUGGAACAAACUCCGCAACCGAAGAACAAAUUUCUGUUAUAGGCGGAAAUGACUCUACUCUUACAGCCCAUCGAGAAAGUAUUAACCCUCCACCAAUAACCAAGAGCCUAUCUCAACGCCGCGCUCCAGCCCACAAAUUGGGACCACUUGUAUCAAAGUUCGAGACCCUUGACGCAGUAAAGAAUGCUGAUACCAUCUCGCCUCUCGAUUCUAAGCCUGGUGCGAUUCCCCGAGUCCAGAGGCCAUUGAGACACAGCCGGGCAAGUGAAUCUCUACAGUCUAUUGCAUCAGAGAAAUAUUCAACCCCUGCAAACUCCUUAGAUGUUCCUCCAAGACGAGUUGAAUCCCCACCACCAUUCAGCAAUAGGCCAAAACUCCCGGUCAAAACGGUACCGAAGAAAGCCUCUGUAGAAGACAACGUUGAAGCAAGCUCUAGCUUCCGUGGAGCGGUAAAUGAAGAUAUAUUCAUCAAAGAAAAAGGACAGGCUCCAGAAAAAGACGUUUCACCUAUCCGGGAAUUGAAAGAAGGUAAUCGGAAUUCUGACAAUCCCCGUAAUGUUACUUCUCCGGCAGAUUCUCCUAUUACCAAGUCGACGAGCUCAACCUCAAAUCAAUUAGCAGCCCAGAAGACAGUGUCUACUCUAGCGACUAGCUCAUCACAGCCUUUUCUAUCCUUCAACUCCUCUCAGGGGAAUUCGCCAACUAAGUCAAAACUGCAGACGGUCUCCACCGACAGUCCUCUCAAAUAUUCUCAGAAGGGGAUUGUCGACCAAGAUGGGCAAAGUCAUCACCACGUUGAGCAUCCGGCACGCAGAAAACACGAAUCUACGGCUUCCUCGAAAAUUCCAGUAAGGAGGGCACAGAUGAGCGUUGCAGAUAUUCGCAAAUCAUUCGAGAAAAGCACACAGGCACCUGGGCCCGAACCCCAAAUGCCGAAUAAGUCCAAGCUAUCUUCGGAGAUAAUGAACGAUCGUGUUACCCGAAUUAGCAAGGAAACAGUAUAUUCUCGUCACUCUGGUAGUCGAAGAAGUAUUUCUCCAACCAGAACAACAGCCCAGAAAGAUAGUAUAGCUGUCCAGCCGCCUCAUAAUCGAAAAUCUAUCCAUACUAGGUCUGAAAAUAGACUAUCAGAACAUUCCAUACCAGUCCCAUAUACUACCAACACUUCAGGACUUACCACAACAGCUUAUCAACCUGAUAACAGUCGACUUCGCCGGAUAAACAACCGUAACCUCGAUGGAGCUGUGUCGCUUGAGGACGAAGGGGCCCUAGACGCCGAAGGGGGGGCGAACGAACCUAGUGCCACGGCCAUUCCCGAUUCUCAAGCCAUUCGAGGAAAUAAGUCCUCUCGUACAAGUAGAAUCCAUUCGAUCCUAGUUAAUAAUUCAAAGGCCAGCUUCCACAACAUACUAGCGAGCAGACAUCCUAUAGCGAACGAUGGAGUAACGCCAGAAUCAGGUAGGGUUCAAAAGCCUGCAUCAAAGCCGGUAUCAAAACCGGCAUCUGCGGCAAGGUGCUCGGGCAAAGUGUCUGACCUUCGGAGACUUUUUGAGAGAUCCUCACCUCGAGAGUCAUCUCCGAACUUGAUGAUUUCGCUUGUGACUUCUCUGAGCCAUAGGAUGUCAAUUAAACAAGAAUCCCCUGUAAAAGACCGCAUCCAACAGUUCGAAAGUUUGGAAACAGUCCCAUUAGAUAAUAGUUCAACUCCGAGUUACUACGAUGUUAACUCAAAUAUUUCUCCUCAUAAACAAAAAACCGAUGCUGGCCGAAUAGAGCCUGAGGGUAUUCAGCGCUCGCUUAGACAACGGAAAGCGAGGUUGUGGCGACGAAUCUCAAAUACGUUUACUCGAUCGAUCGACCGAGGGAAUAGCAACAGUAAUGAUGGGGAGCAAUCUGGUUCGGGUCGGGAUGAUGAUAUUAAUAAUGUCCCAUCAUCCUCGAUACGCCGUCGACCUCGGUAUCGUCGUUCAAAUCUCUUUGGUUAUCAUCUGUACCGCACGUCUGAAGUAAUUCAGUCGUCGACUGGUUCGGGUUAUACCAGAUCAAACAUCAAUAUCAAUGAAGAGUUAAUUGAGAAGCUCGAUAACCAGCCUCCAUAUAUAGCUUAUAGACAAUCACCGUCUAGUUAUCUAUCAAUGCGCAGAACGUUUCCUUUCUUAGCUCGUAUGUCGGACAAUCUGGGCUGCUCAGAUGAAUUCGACGAUUUUGGACUCGAUGGCUCCGUGUUGUCCAAGGCCACUCGCCGGCGGUACAAGCCAUCUGUCGGACAAGACGCACAAGGCCCAUCUUCGCCUGUAUCUUGUAGUGAUUCUAACGCCGUAUCAAGUACUACAUCUAAACAAACGACGACAAAGCGCAAGCGUCGCCGGUUAGAAGAGAAAGAGCUCCGAAGGGAGCAGAGACGGAAGAAUAGAGAAAAGGCGAUGGAAAAGGGUAAAGGAAAAGAGACAGCAGUAGGUGACAACCAGGGAGCGGAGAGUACACAAGAUAAGGAGAAGGGUAAAGAUACUGAAAGCAAGAAGAAAGAAAGGAGUUGGAGCAAGAAGACGGCUUCUGGGUUUAUGGUGAGGCAAAUUAAUGAUAUCAAACUAAAGCAUCCGAAGCCGAGGAGACCAGGUCAAAUAAGAAAGAUUGUCAACAUGUACAAGGACAAGUCCACCAGCGGGAUCAGACUCGGCAAGGGGAGCGGUGUUAGCUCUGGGUCGGGCACUGCGGGCACCGCAGGCGCAUCAAGCAAUUGAACCAGCGGACUUUAUCGUAUUGGGCAUCGGCGUAAAGGUUAGGAACAGCAAGCAAAUAGCAUCAGUUAUCGGGACGUUGUGGACUCGGGG